AUGAGGGACCAAAAAGCUUUACAAGUGCUAAGCGCGAAAGCAGAAACAGCAGCAGGAGCAGCAGCAGCAGCCGCAUCAGCAACAAAGACACCAGCCAUUGCUGGAGCAACAGCUGCAGCAGCUGCAGCAGCAGCAGCAACGGCAAAAGAACCAACUGCAGCAGCACCAGGUGCAGCAACAAAAUCAGCAAGGACAGCAGCAGCAACUGCAGCAGCGGCCGCAGCAAGGGCAGCAGCAGCUGCACAAGCAGCCAUGCCCUCCAGCAAGAAGCAGGCAAACAAGUCUGGGGCUAAAGCCCGCAGCAGCAAAGACACAACUUACCAAGUGCGAGACAUUCGGGGCUACCGAAUCGACAACAAGGUGGUGCGCGAGCAGCACACGCAGCAGCAGAGCAGCAGCAGCAGCAGAGCAGCAGCAGCAGCAGCAGCGGCAGCAGCAGAAGCAGCAACAGCAACAAGUCCUGUACAAUGCGUGACCAGCUGCCAUAGGGCCGCCCGCACGGGCUGCUGGGGUGUUUCCCUCGGUUGGGUUUGUUGCUGCUCGCACUGCAACCCACAGCAGCAGCAGCAGCAGCAGCAGCAACAGCAGCAGCAGCUGCAGCAGCAGCAGUUGAGCGUGUGUAUGCGCCUUCAGGAGAAGUUUUUUGUCUUAUGGCUCGACUAUGCUGACGACGAGAGCACCUGGGAGCCUUGGAGUUCCCUGUCGGAUCUUGGGGGAGACCUUCGGAAGAAGAUGGACGUCUUGAGGGACAGGUGGUCGCCAGUGCCUUUCAGUGCUGCGCUGGUCCGCCGCUGUUUGACUCCGGAAGUGAAGUUUGGAAUGAGCAGAAGGCUGUUGGAGACUUUGGCGGAGUGGCAGCUGAGCCGGCUCAUCGGGUACGACUGCGUCCUGAUGCCCCAAGAAGAAUUCAUGUCCCGCUUCGACAUGGGCAAGCGGCUGCUGCAGCACUGGCAGUGGACAAAGCGGAGGCUUCUUGCUGCUGGCCUGCUGCUGCAGCUCAGAGACCCCUCCAAAGAUAUUGUUUUCAUUGCCCUCAGAGCUACUAGAGAACAGCUGGAGGACUUUCUGCAGGAAAUGAACAGGCUGCGCAUCUCCAGCAAGCUCAAGAAAGCAGCAACGGCAGCAGCAGCAGCAGCAAAGACUGCAACAAACGGGGCUGAGAAGGCUGGGGAGGCGAACGCAGCACAGAGUGGCCUCUCCAGGCAGCAGGGCCAGCAGCAGAACGAGCAGCAGCAGCAGCAGCAGCAGCAGCAGCAGCAGGGAGCGGAUGAAGGGUCAGAGGACUCUUUGAAAGUAUUUGAGGUUAGGUCGGGGGCCCUCAGCCCCGCCCUGGAGGCGAGCGCAGCGAGCCGCCGAAGCAAUAGCCCUCAGCCGGGCCGGCAGCAGCAGCAGCAGAAGCAGCGGCAGCAGCAGCAGCAGCAGCAGGAUGGAGAUGAUGUCUUGGUGGUUGGGGAGGAGGUUGCUGCCCCUCGGCGGAAGCGUCAGCGCAGCACCUCGGGCACGUCCUCGCCUGCCGGAGCUUCCACCACUUCGACAGCAGCAGCAGCAGCAGCAGCAGCAGCAGCAGCAGCGGAGCCGGCGGAGGUGGUGCUGGGGGACGACGAGUCGGAGGAAGUCGAAAUAUUGUCCGACCCAGAGGGAAGCCCUGCUGCAGCAGCUGCUGCUGCUGCUGCUGUUGAGGUUUUUGUGGCUCAUGUUUGGCUGCGCGCGGAAGAAGCAGCAGUGACGCAUGCGCUGGAGGUGAUUCGGCACGCGGAGGAAACUGCUGCAGCAUUUGCUGCCAGCUCGCAGAGCCAAGCUGCUGCGCCUCACUCGCAGCAGCAGCAGCAGCAGCAGCAGCAGCAGCAGCAAGACCCGGACUUCCGCGAGUAG